CGCGAUGAGCCGCCUGCCCGGGGCGCUCGCGGCGCUGCUGCUGGCGCUGCUGGCGGAGGGCACAGAUGCCAAGAAGCACUGCUGGUAUUUUGAAGGACUGUAUCCAACCUAUUAUACAUGCCGCUCCUUCGAGGACUGCUGUGGCUCCAAGUGCUGCGUGCGGGCUCUCUCCAUCCAGAGGCUGUGGUACUUCUGGUUCCUCUUGAUGAUGGGUGUGCUCUUCUGCUGUGGCGCCGGCUUCUUCAUUCGGAGGCGGAUGUAUCCCCCACCACUGAUCGAGGAGCCCGCAUUCAACGUGUCCUACACCAGGCAGCCGCCCAAUCCUGCUGCAGGAAUCCAGCAGCCAGGGCCACCGUAUUACACUGACCCCGGAGGACCAGGCAUGAACCCCGUCGGGAAUCCCAUGGCGAUGGCUUUCCAGGUCCAACCCAAUUCUCCCCAGGGCAGCACAGCCUACCCCCCGCCCCCGUCCUAUUGCAACACCCCCCCACCCCCCUACGAACAGGUGGUGAAGGCCAAGUAAGUGGGGGUCGACGACACCUGCAGGUGUGAAGGAAGGAAGCAACACGGCCCCACUGCAAGUAGACAGGAGGGCUCACCUAGUCUUCGCUGUCCCUGUCAGAAUUCCCACAAGGAGUGGCCCGACGUGCCACUAAGGACAAAUUCCUUUUUGAUCUCUUCAAAGCAAGCACAGCUCCCUUUCAAGUUUUCCACGGAGGACCAGUGUUUGAAUUCACUCCGUGUCUCCUCUCUCGUGUCUGUUCUACUGUCAUCUGUGCUCUCUGCCAGGGUGGUGACAGCCCCAAGGUUGCAGGUCUUAGCGUGGCAAACCCAGAUCUUCAAAAGAGAGGCUGGGAGGAGGAGGGUCAGGGGGAGCCCAGCUGACUGCGGCGCCCUGGCCUGGGCCAGCCUCCCUCCAGAGGAUUGAAAGCCUGGCCCUCCAGUGAAGCGGACCAGCAGCUUGUGCAGAGGGACUUGCAGACACUGACUCUGAGCCAUGCCACUUUUUUAGGACAUUCUGAGGGAGAGGCGCAGCAGAGAGGAUGCCAUUCAGCUCCUCUGUGUACCCAGAGCCACCUCAGUGGCUCCUGUUGAAGCUGGGCCUCCCCUCGCACCACAGCUGGGAAGAGCAGAUGUUCCCGGCUUCCAGCUCUGGGAAGUGAAAUGGCUGUCUACAGGUUCCUGAGAACCACUGCAGAGUGUGACUUACAUGCACAGGAAAUCACGCUCCCUGCCCAAACAGGCAUGCGGCAUUGAUGAGCAUUUGGUCUGACUCUGGAGACAAGACUUGCCGCGUUCAGAAGCCUUUGAGGAAGCUCUUGUAUGGUCGGAGGAGGAGGUGUCUUCCUGGGCUGCUCAGCUACUGGCCACCCUCAGAGCAUAGCUGCUCCCCUCCAGGGCAUAUUUAGCAGAGACAUGAACAGACUUCAGUGUGGGGAGCAGGAGAGGUGCUCUGUGGGAGCCGGGACAGUUGAGCAUUCUCAGCCUGGGCCAAUGGGAACCCACAAAACGAUCUAGUCCGUUCCCACUCACAGUGACCCUAGAGAGGGUUUCUGAGGCUGUGAAUCUUCACCGGAGUAGACAGCCUCAUCUCUCUCUGGUGCGUUUGAACCACUGACUUUGUGGUUAGCAGACCAGUGCCUGAUCCAGAGCACUCCCAGGCCUCCUUUGGGGCAGUGGUGGCAGCAGCUAAUCUCAACCAUGUGUGGGGGGCCCUGGGGACCAGGAACAAGCUAAUAACGCAGACAUCUGGGGGUGCAGAGAGAAUUCUUCAGAAACCAUUGAAGUCAUUGUUCCUGAGCAUGUAAUGGAAUUAGAAUACAGGUGAGGUGCUUGGCCAUGCAAAUCCCUGGCAAAGAAGCCUGUCUCACCUGGAAUCGCUGGCAGUGAGCGUGGUGGCCGUUCUGUCUUGGCGUAGUGAGUUGUGUUGAUAGUGUACGUCCACCCAUAUGUAGGCUUGAUGUGUCAUGUAGUUUGAGGGCAAAGCUGUGUAGCCAGGCUCCCUGAAGGCCAGAGUGUGGUUCGUGUAGUGUAGUGGGAGGGGAGGGGUGGUACUUCCUUGAGAAAUGAUCCAAUUGGAGCCUCUUGAAGAGCUGUUACUCACUGAAUUUGACCUUCAGCAGUCUACUGCAGGACGCUGGGUUCUCAUUGCCCCGGACCGGAUGGUGUCCAUGCUCCCCUGGGCUAUUUGUAUGGGGUAACAUCCCAAUUGCCUUUGAGUCAGGGCGACCCCGUGGGUGUCAGAGUAGAACUGUGCCCUACACCAUUUUCAGUGGCACAGAUUCAGAAGCUGAUGGCCAGGCCUUUCUGCCAAGGUGCCUCUGGGUGGACUUGAACCGCCCAUCUUUCAGUCAGCAGCUGAGCACGUCGACCUUGUGGACCACCAGGGACUUCUGGUGAGAGGAGAGGAUUGAGGGCUUGGGAUGGGGCAGAAGCCACUGCUGUCAGACUUUCCCGACGAUCCAGUCUCGGAGUCACCUGGAGAAUUGCAUGGGAGACGCUUGGGGCGGGGGGUGGGGGCAGGGAGGACACCCCUUGGGCAUGACGUUUGUGAACACAGAUACCGCCAGUGUCUUUGACCACUUUUAUGCGACCUCUGACCUCUUGUCACUGAUGGCAGUACUUCCUUAUGCUUGGCGCCUUGCUUUAAGUGAGAAAACAAAGCACAACGUCUUGCUGUUUACCACCAAGGAACAACUCCAUGGGCCCCCAAAUUCACCUUCCUUCAGGCCGUUUAUUUUGUAUUUUUAACUUCACCUCCUCAGCCCUCCUUUUUAAAUCAAGAAGCACAGGAAGCGCCCCCUCUGAGGCACGGAUGCAGGGUCUGGCAGGGCAGGCACCCCCAAGCCUCUGGCUGAAUUGUGUUCUUUGUUUUGAAAGCACUCACACACAGAGACCGCAUGCCGGGCAGUGCUGGACAUUGUAUACUCCCGUGUUUGUGUGAGGGACAUGUUGUGCUCCCGUGGACACUGGUACCGUGUACUGAAACCCCACCUCUGGUGACAUUCCCUGGCCAUUCUUGUUUGUGUGUGUUCCCCGUGGGCUGUCCCCACCUCGUAGCGGCCCGUGGUCAGGAGGAAACUUGAAGUUGAUCUGUGCAUGCUCUUCCUCUGCAACCCUUGGCUCAUUUCCUUAUUUGUCAUUCUUUUGAUAGGGUACUCUUUCCUAUGUAUGCAAAAUAAAAACACAUUUGGGCGUG